CACUCUCUUUCUCGGCAACCAAACUGACUAACUGAGGGUUAGGGUUUUACUUAGUUCGAAUUUGGGCGGUUCCAAUUCCCAAAAGAAUCAUCUGAAAUUAUCUCUACAAAUUCCAGGAAUUGCGACGUUAAGAAAAAUUACUGUCCACCAGUUUUUCUCUUACUGCUUUAGUUAAGCUUAGGGUUUCACUGAUUAUUGUGACAGAUUUUAAGUCCAAGAUGAGCAAUAAUGCAGCCGGACCCUCCUCGAAAUCCAAGGCCGGGUCGUCUCAGCCCUCGGAAACUACGUUUAAGCGCAAACGAGGAGUGUUUCAGAAAGAGUUGCAGCAUAUGAUGUAUGGAUUUGGAGAUGAUCCUAAUCCGCUUCCAGAAAGUGUGGCACUUGUGGAGGACAUUGCUGUGGAGUAUGUCACAGAUUUGGUGCAUAAAGCCCAAGACAUUGGAUCAAAGAGGGGAAAGCUAUCAGUUGAAGAUUUCCUGUAUCUGAUACGCAAGGACAUGCCAAAACUCAACCGCUGUACAGAGUUACUUUCUAUGAAUGAGGAGCUGAAACAAGCUAGGAAGGUUUUUGAGUCAGAUGAAGAGAAGCUGAGGAAGGUUUUUGAGGCAGAUGAAGAAAGCUAGCUUCCAUAUACAUGAUAUGAUGGUGUUUUAAUCGACUAACAUUUGUGGUUACUUUCUGGACUGAGGUAUUUCAAUUUUUUUUCUAGAGCUGAUGCAUACAUGUUAUAUUUUGGUGGUUGUGUAAAUAAUAAAUUUUUGUUGAGGGAGAUUACUUUUACCACAUUUAGGCUUUAAGCAGAUACCACUGGACCAUUUUCUGUAUACUAUGUUAGUGACAGAAUUGGUCUUUUCCCUUC